CUUCACUUCACCAGAACAGCAAUGGGUGCCAGUCAGAAGGACUUUGAGAAUGCAGUGAGUCAACUGAAACUCUUGACACAAGACCCAGGAAAUGAAGCAAAGCUAAAGCUCUAUGCACUCUAUAAGCAGGCCACCGAAGGACCUUGUAAUAUGCCAAAACCAGGUAUGUUCGACUUGAUCAAUAAGGCCAAAUGGGAUGCAUGGAGUGCCCUUGGCAGCCUGCCCAAGGAAACUGCAAGGCAGAACUAUGUGGAAUUGGUGUCCAGUUUGAGUUCAUCUGAAUCCUCAAGCCAGGGGAAGGCUGGUGCAGACAGGACACACUCCGAAUACAAAGGCCUUCUGGUGUCUUCAGAAGAUGGCAUCACAACGAUCACAUUUAACCGUCCCACCAAAAAAAAUGCAAUCACCACUGAGAUGUAUCAUGAAAUUAUGCGUGCACUUGAAGCAGCAAGCAAAGAUGACUCAGCCAUAACUGUAUUAACAGGAAAUGGUGACUAUUACUGUAGUGGGAAUGAUCUGAACAACUUUACUGAUAUUCCCCCUGGUGGCGUAGAAGAGAAAGCCCAACAGAGUGCCAUUUUACUGAGGAAUUUUGUAGACUGUUUUAUAGAUUUCCCUAAGCCUCUGGUUGCAGUGGUAAAUGGCCCAGCUGUGGGAAUUUCUGUCACCACUCUCGGGCUGUUUGACAUCGUGUAUGCUUCUGACAGGGCAACAUUUCAUACACCUUUCAGUCACCUGGGCCAAACUCCAGAAGGAUGUUCUUCUUACCUGUUUCCAAAGAUAAUGGGCUCAGCCAAGGCAGCUGAAAUGCUCAUUUUUGGAAAGAAAUUAACAGCAAAAGAAGCAUGUGCUCAAGGACUUGUUACUGAAGUUUUCCCUCACAGUACUUUCCAGAAAGAAGUUUGGACGAGGCUGAAAGCAUAUUCAAAACUUCCCCCAAAUGCCAUGAGAAUUUCAAAGCAGCUUAUCAGAAAUGUGGAGAAAGAGAAGCUACAUGCUGUUAAUUCCGAAGAAUGCACUGCCCUCCAGAGCAGAUGGGUGUCAGAUGAGUGUGUAAAUGCAGUCAUGAACUUCUUAUCUAGAAAAUCAAAACUGUGA